AUGACGACGACAAUCCACCAGCAGCAGAUGGUGAAGGAACAUGUAUCCAUGGAGUUCUCCAGCUCCACCACUACCAGUGUACAGACAUUCUCUCAGACCACUAGGGUCAUGGGAGAGGAGAUAUCUCGGAAGUCUUCUAGCCAUGUGGAAUUCUUUAGUUUGGUUACACGAAGCUCAGAAGUCCCAGCAGGGGAAAGCGUCCCUGAGUUUGUGGAGAAACCUACCCCAGUCACUUCACCAGAGGGUGACAAGGCUGUAUUCCGAGCCCGAGUACAGGGCAACCCCAAGCCCAGUGUCUCCUGGAAGAGGGAGAGUGGUAUCCCCAUCAAGGAAAGCGCCAAAAUAUUCUAUGACAGCAUCAACAAGGAGCAUGUGCUAAAGUUAGAGCCACUAACCUCAGAUGACUCAGACAACUAUAAGUGCAUUGCAACCAAUGAACAUGCUGAUGCCAUCUACACUGUAUCCCUAACAGUGACUGAGAGUCAAGAAAAAUUGGAUUUCAAGAAGAUGCUGAAAAAGAGGGCACCCCCUGCCCCCAAGAAGAAGCAGAAGAAGGUGACAGAUGAGAAAGAGAUGUUGGCGAUCUUGUCCAAGGUGCCUAAGAAGGACUUUGAGAAGGUCUGCAUGGAAUAUGGCUUCACAGACUUCCGAGGAUUGCUCAAAAAGCUCAAGGAGAUGAAAAAGAAGGUGGAGGUGGAGCCCAUCCGGAUCAUAAAGCCCUUAGAGGAUGUGGAGGCCAAAGUGGACAGCACGGUGACCUUUGACUGCAUAAUGGAAUUGAAGGACCCCAAUACAAAGAUGAUAUGGAUCAAGGGAAUGGAGCCUCUAAGGAUCCAGUACUCCCUGGGCAAGUAUGAAGUGAAGCAGGUGGGUACCAAGUACAUGCUGAUCAUCACCAAUGUGAACAUGCAUGAUGCCGGUAUCUACACGCUAGCUGUGGGUGACAAGCGGCUGAGCGCGGAGCUCAUUGUUCUCGAUGAGCCUCUGAAGGUCGUUGGGGAGAUGAAGCCGGUGAAGGUCACGGAGCGGCAGACAGCAGUGUUUGAGAUCCGCCUGUCUAAGAAGGUGCCCGACUGUGUGUGGAAGUUCAAUGGGAAGGAGCUGAAAAGGGAUGACAAAUAUGAGAUCUCUGUGUCAGAAGAUGGGCUGACCCACACACUCAAGAUCAAGGAUGCAAGGCUCUCUGACAGUGGAGAAUUUUCUAUUGAGGCUGGGGGACUGGUUGAGAAGGCCCUUCUUACCAUUGACCGCAUUCCCAUCAAGUUCGUGAGCACCCUGAAGAAUGCUCGUGUAAAGGAAAGGAGCCGGGCCUGCCUAGAAUGUGAGCUGACAUCCAAGGAUGUGACCCUGAAAUGGAAAAAGGAUGGGAAUGUGCUAACGCGUGGGGCUAAGUACAGCAUGAACCAUGAAGGCAAGAGGGCGGAGCUAGUGAUUGAGGACGCACAGCUCAGUGAUGGAGGCGAGUACACCGUGGUGGCUAUGCAGGAUGGGGAUCCCACAGAAUACUGCAGCACUGCCAUCCUGACUGUAGAGGAACGUUUAGCCACUGUGAAGAGCGGGAUGUCAGAUGUACAUGCAGCCACAGGGAGUCCAGCAGAACUGUGUGUGGUGCUGAAUGAUGAGAAAGUGGAAGGAGUUUGGCUGAAGGAUGGCAAAGAGAUCACAGACUUGAGUGGGGUGCAGAUUGUGAAGCAAGGAGCAGUCCACAAACUCAUCUUCCCCAACAUGGGCCCAGAACACGAGGGCAAGUACACCUUCCGGGCCAAAGGUGCAGAGAGUGAGGCUUCUGUCUUCAUCGCAGACCCCCCUACAAUUGACCCAUCAGUGCUGGAGGCACUGGCUGCACACCCUGUUACCGUGAAGGUUGGCCAAACAGCCCACAUCAAGGUUCCAUUCCGGGCCAAGCCAUUGCCCAAGGCGACAUGGUACAAGGAUGGGGUAGAGGUGACCGAAGAAGAGCGCGUGACCAUGGAGCGGGGGGAUGAUCAGGCACUGCUAACAAUUUCCAAUUGUGUUCGUGAGGAUAGCGGCGCUGUUCUUCUCAGGCUCAAGAAUGACCAUGGUUCAGUCACCGCCAACCUGUACCUGAGCGUGCUUGACCGGCCCAAGCCUCCUCAGGGUCGUGUGGAGUUCCUGGAACUCUCUGGCAACUGUGUCCAUAUGAAGUGGAAGGCCCCAAAGGACAAUGGAGGUCGGCCAGUGACACAUUUCGUUAUAGAACGAAGGGCAGCUGGGAAGAAAUCUUGGAUCAAGGCUGGGGAGGUCAGCGGUAAAGUGACCAACUUCUCCACCGACAAAGUGGAGGAGGGGAAGGCGUAUCAGUUCCGAAUCCGAGCUGUUAACUCUGAGGGUGUGAGUGACCCACUGGAGACUGAAGAGGUCUUUGCAGGAAAUCCCAUUGAGCCCCCUGGCCUGUCCUCUCAGCCACAGGUUUCAGAUGUGACCAAAGAAGCAGUGACUAUCACAUGGAACCCACCAGCCCAAGAUGGUGGAGCCCCAGUACUUGGCUACAUUGUAGAAAGAAGGAAGAAAGGGAGCAACCUAUGGGUGCCAGUCAACAAGGAUCCCAUCCAGGACACCAAGUGCAAAGUAGAUGGUCUCUUGGAGGACACUGAAUAUGAGUUCCGGGUAAUUGCUGUCAAUCGAGCAGGACAGGGACAGCCAAGUAUGCCCUCCCCGUCUGUGGUAGCCAAGGAUCCUAUCAAGCCCCCUGGACUGGUGCAGGGUCUACAUGUGGCAGACUCCUCAAACUCCAGUAUCUCCUUGGCCUGGCGGGAGCCUAUAGAAGGAGACCCUCCUUCUGGCUACAUUCUUGAGAUGAGGGCAGAGGACACAAAGGAAUGGUCUAAGUGUACAAAGAUCCCCAUCUCAGGCACCUGCUAUACUGUGGGUGGCCUGACAGAGCGGCAGAAAUACUUCUUCCGCAUCCGAGCUGUUAAUGAAGGCGGCGUUGGGGAGCCUGUCGAGCUGGACGAAGGUGUCCGGGCCAUGCCUCCACCAGCAAUUCCCAGGUUUGAUCUCAGUGCCCGACUGAAGAGCCACAUGGUGGUGCGGGCUGGGACAGCCCUGUGUAUACAUGCUUCCUUCUAUGGCUCCCCUCCACCCACUGUGAUCUGGCAAAAGGAUGGAAUUCCCACCAAGGGCCGAGAAACCAUCACCAAGGGCAAGAAUCAUUCCCAGUUCCUCAUCAAUAGCAGUAAGCGCUCAGACUCUGGCAUUUACCGCAUCCUGCUCCGGAACGAGUAUGGAGAGGCCCACUAUGACAUCCAUGUUCGUGUGGCAGAUUUCCCACGACCACCAACAAACCUGAAGUUGUUUGAGGAAGUGCCAAACACGGUGACACUGAGCUGGGACCACAGUCCAGAUGUGAAAGAGGAUGGUGAGGCACACUAUGUCAUCCUGAAGAGGGAUGCCAGCACUGCCACCUGGUUCACAGCGGCUGAUCGAGUCUUUAGCAACAAGUACACUGUCACAGGGCUCCUGCCGGGGAGAAAAUACUACUUCCGAGUCCUGGCCCGGAAUGAGAUUGGGGACAGUGACCCACUUGACUCAAAGGAUACCUGGCUGGUCAACAAAGAUCAGAUUGAAGACCUCAGUACCAAACUGCGUCCCUAUCAGCAAAAGGACUGGCGCCAUGCACCUCGCUUCAUCACACCACUGAAGCCCCAUGCAGUGGUACGAGGACAUGACUGCACCAUGAGCUGCGCUUUUCUGGGGAACCCACGUCCUACAGUAACUCUAUACAAGGGGGAUGUCAACAUCACUGCCAACUCCAAGUUCUGGUAUAAUUCCACCAGUGGGGUUUGCACUAUCGUCAUCCCCACCUGCACCCUCAAAGACAGCGGUGACUAUAGCGUGCUCGUUGAAAAUGAGCUGGGCAAGGACAAAAGCAGCUGUACGUUGACUGUCUAUGACAAAGAUGACAAAUCCAUCCUGGCCUCUGUGACUGAGAGUCUACAGAAGAAAUCAAAGCAUCUCAUGUGA